AUAUUAAAUAUAUACGUCAUGAGUUGCAACUAUGCAGAUGGCCUUUCAGCAUACGAAAAUAAAGGAAUUCUAGGCGUUCCAGAAAAUUUCGACAGUGAAGAAAUUGUCAACCAAAAAUGUAAGGAGCUUGCAAACUUAAUUAAAGACUCUAAACAUGUUGUAUUCCAUACGGGUGCAGGCCUUAGCACAUCAGCUGGUAUUCCCGAUUUUAGAGGGCCCAAGGGCGUUUGGACGCUUGAACAAAAAGGCGAAAAGCCUACUUUUAACACAUCUUUUGACGCAGCAAGGCCAACCAAAUCUCAUAUGGCCUUAAAGUCUUUAGUUGAACAUGGAUAUGUUCAGUAUAUCGUCUCACAAAACAUUGACGGCCUGCAUUUAAAGUCUGGCCUAGAUCGAAAAUACUUGGCCGAGCUUCACGGCAAUAUCUUUAUAGAGCAGUGCCAGAAAUGUCGACGGCAGUUCGUACGCAAAACGGCCGUGGAGACAGUGGGCCAAAAGCUAUUGGGACUCCCAUGUCGGUCCGUUGAGAUUGGCAAUAGUCGCAGCUGUCGCGGUGGAGUUAUGCACGAUAAUGUCUUAGAUUGGGAACACGACCUACCCGAACGUGACCUAGAUAUGGCAUUUAUGAAUUCAACGAUGGCUGAUAUUAAUAUAACCCUUGGUACCACUCUGCAAAUUGUCCCAAGCGGAAAUUUACCUCUCAAAAAUCUCAAGCAUGGUGGUAAACUUGUCAUAUGCAACUUGCAGCCCACAAAGCAUGAUAAGAAAGCGCAUUUAAGUAUUUCGAGUUAUAUUGAUGAUAUACUAACGAAAGUGUGCAAGCGUCUGGGCAUUGAAAUUCCAGAGUACACGGAAGAGUAUGAUCCUACAAAGCAUUCCAACGUUUCGGAAUGGACUCUGCCCCAAGAGUAUGUCAAGGAAAUGGAUAAACAAUUUAAGGAACAUCAGAAAUCUUCAGCAAAGAAUCGAAAUACAGGCUCUACACAAUGUGAACCGCUUCUUAAAGGAAAAAUGAUCAAAAAGCGUAAAAAAAGUGAAUAAUCAGCAU